AUGGAGUCUUCCAAAGAGACUGGCUGCCAAGCUCCAGAAGGCCCCAUUCUUUGCAUCAACAACUGUGGCUUCUUCGGAACUGCAGCUACCAUGAAUAUGUGCUCCAAGUGUCACAAAGAGACGAUCUUGAAACAGCAACAUGCCAAACUUGCAGCUUCUACCAUUGAGAACUUGGUUAAUAGUGGCUCGGGUGCUAAAGGGAAAGAGAUUGUCGUGACUGACGCAAUUGACGUGCAAGCUGGAGUAGUGGAGUUGAAGGCCACAUCUAUGUACAUGUCGUCUGAUUUAUUUUCACAUCAGAGUUCAGAGGUGUGGCAAUCUCUUCUGUUCAGUUCAUCGUUACUCUGA